GGUGUGAAUGAUUUCUUGUGGCUGCAGCAACAGCAGCAGCAGAGGAUCGUGAUACAGACGAGGACGAUAAGAAGGAGAGCUCCUCCCCCAACCCCUGUAUCGUAGGUUCGUAACAACUGAUCAAUAGUACAGUCGUAGGAAGUACACUAUAUACACACUAGAAAUGCAUGCUACUUAUAGUGACAUGAUUGAGGAAGUAAAAUGUGACGUCAUAAAAUGAAUAUUGUUAGGGACCGGUCAUGCAAUAGAAUGUACCACACCCUGCAAUUAUGAUAAUGUUUUGGAGGGUGAAGAACGACUUGUUUGAGUCGCUGGUGGGAGAUUGGCAUUGUCCUUCAUUAUUGUCAGAGAUGGAGACUGGACAUUGUGGGUUGACAGUCAGUAGUCCACCAGCAGUGAUGUUGGGUCCAGUUCUGGCCCAGGCCUCUAUCAGAGGUAUGAGGGAGCCACUGUCUGUCUCUGAGGUUCCCUCCAGUCUGGCUCGAUAUGUCACAUACGUGGGGGACUCUGAGUCGCAGGCAAAGUACUCCUCGUCUAUUGCACAGUUGGCACAAGAUCCACUCAAUACAUUUAGCACU